AUAGACAUGUGGCUCUGACAUCCAAUAGCCUGAUCAUCAGGGCUUUAGUCUGUCCUCAUUUUCACAGGAGAUCCCUCUGCUGAAGACCAGCGUAGACAGGGGGUUAGCCACGGUUGCAAGAUCAUCACCACCAGAAACAAUUAUAGGAUCGUGAUUUCCUCCCUCGCGCACUUGCAGCAUCAAGUUUAUAUUCACAGCUAGAACCACCGUGUAGCAACCAUGUCUGUAGCGGGGCUGAAGAAGCAAUUCCACAAAGCCACUCAGAAAGUGAGCGAGAAAGUUGGAGGUGCAGAAGGAACGAAGCUUGAUGUGGACUUCACUGAAAUGGAAAAGAAGAUGGACGUCACCUCUCGGGCAGUGCUGGACAUCAUGACCAAGACUACUGAGUAUCUGCAGCCAAACCCAGCCACCAGAGCCAAGAUGAGCAUGAUGAACUCCAUGUCACGUAUGCGGGGACAGGAGAAGGGACCGGGCUACACGCAGACCGAGGCCAUCCUGGGAGAGUCCAUGCAGAGGUUUGGCAGAGAGCUCGGAGAGGAGUCUAACUUUGGCCUUGCUCUGAUUGAUGCUGGGGAAGCCAUGCGUGAGCUUGGAGAGGUUAAAGAUGCUCUGGACAUGGAGGUCAAGCAGAAUUUCAUUGAUCCACUGCAGAAUCUCUACGAAAAAGAUCUGAAGGAGAUUCAGCAUCACCUGAAGAAAAUGGAGGGUCGUCGUCUGGACUUUGAUUAUAAGAAGAAACGUCAGGGCAAAGUGCAAGAAGACGAUCUGAAACAGGCACUAGAGAAAUUUGACGACUCCAAGGAGAUUGCUGAGCUAAGCAUGUUCAACCUGUUGGAGAGUGAUAUUGAACAGGUGAGCCAGCUCUCUGCACUGGUACAUGCUCAGGUGGAGUACCACAGCCGGGCCGCUGAGAUCCUCACACAGCUCUCCAGUAAGAUCGACGAACGGAUAAAGGACACUGCAGUCAAACCGAGGAAAGAGUUCGCUCCUAAACCACGUACGUCUCUGGACUUCUCCAUCAGUGAGAACCACAAUGGAGGCCUCCACGGUGCUCGCUCUCCAGGGGCGAGGUCUCCAGCAAGGUCCCCAGCAAGAUCUCCAGCAAGGACUCCAGCCCCGAUGGACCAGCCCUGCUGUCGUGCACUGUACGAUUUUGACCCCGAGAAUGAAGGUGAGCUAGGCUUCAAGGAAGGCGAUAUCAUCACCCUGACCAAUAAGAUCGAUGACAACUGGUACGAGGGCAUGCUGCACGGCACCUCCGGCUUCUUCCCCAUCAACUAUGUAGAUAUCCUGGUGCCGCUGCCCCAAUAGGACGUCACCACUCCCAGCUGUGGUGAAACAGAUCCUGGUCUCCAGUCCAGUCCCCCCCCCCCAGUAUCCCCGGUAACCUUUACCUUAACAUCCCUACCAACCAUCUGUACUCCACUUAAAAGGAGGCAACACAGCAACAACACAAAGAAUGAAGACUGACGACGAAUUGAAACAAGUAUGCACCAAUUGAGCGUAAAAACUUUAAAAGAGAAAAAAAUCUGCAUUUAUGUCGUUGCUUUCCCCUUAUCCCAGGAGGUACCUUCAGGCUUCCACAGCCAUUACUGUCCCGGCUUUUGUCUCUGUUUGAGUUGGCUGUCAGUCUGUCAUAACUUCCGUAAGUUUAUUAAGAGCAGCUUUGCAAAAUCCCACUUUUCUCUCAUUCACUGUACUUUGUGGAAACCUCUACAGUAGAUAGAAAUGUAAACUUUUCUCUCACAUAAUGGGAAAAGAAUCGUGUUUGUUAGAGACUAUAGGUCAAGCAUGGUUUAAAGUGUUUGUUUUAUCUUAUUAAAAAAUAUGCUGAGCUGA